AUGGAUUAUGUUUAUUACCUGUAUCUGUUCACACACUGCGCUCUCACACUGCUCUCACCGAACUCUGCGGAGAGCACCGAGAAUCUGUCGGGGAAGCUGAGUGAUUUCGGUCUCGUCGUCCCCUUCAGCACGGACUCUCUUGGACGCUACGUCUCUCACCGUCUCUCCUCCGGACCAGGACCUUCAUCACCUUCAUCACCCUCAGGAAGGCGCCGGAUCGCUCGCAGUGCGCACUUCACGCCCCACGCGUCCUCCAGGUACCUCUUCUUUAACGUCACCGUCUUUGGGAAGGAGCUGCAUCUGAGGCUCAGGGCCAACCGGAGACUGGUGGCGCCCGGGGCGUUCGCCGAAUGGCACGAGGACUUUGAGGAGAAGGAGAAAGAGCGGAUCCACGGCGACUGUGUUUUCACCGGGGACGUGAGUGACAUGCCGGACGCUUCCGUAGCCAUCAGUAACUGUGAUGGACUGGCUGGACUGAUCCGUACAGACAACGGAGAGUUCUUCAUCGAGCCGCUGGAGAAAGGGCAGCAGGAGUCGGAGGUGAAGGGUCGAGUUCAUGUGGUGUAUCGCAGAUCUGAUAUCAAGAGAAAGCCAGGAGAACAUCAGGAGGAUCUUCAUAAUGAAGUGUCUGAUUUUGGGAUCACGGAGCUGCCGAACUCUUUGGAUCUGAUGAACCGAAAGCUUUCGGACUCGGAACGUAAACGACGACACGCUAAGAAGGACGACUACAGCAUCGAGGUUCUCCUGGCCGUGGAUGAUUCGGUGGUGCGUUUCCAUGGCAAAGAGCACGUCCAGAACUACGUCCUCACACUCAUGAACAUCGUAGAUGAGAUCUACCAUGACGAAUCUCUGGGCACCAGCAUCAACGUUGUGAUCGUGCGGAUGAUCAUGGUGGGCUACCGGCAGUCGGUGAGCCUGAUCGAGAAGGGGAACCCGUCCCGCAGUCUGGAGCAGGUCUGUCGCUGGGCCAACACCCAGCAGAAGCUGGACCUCGACCACGCCGAGCACCACGACCACGCCGUCUUCCUCUCCAGGCAAGACUUUGGUCCCGCAGGAUACGCCCCCGUGACGGGCAUGUGCCACCCUCUGAGGAGCUGCACCCUCAAUCACGAGGACGGAUUUUCGUCUGCGUUCGUGGUGGCGCAUGAAACCGGCCAUGUGUUGGGCAUGGAACAUGAUGGACAGGGGAACCGGUGUGGUGAUGAAACCAGUAUGGGCAGUAUUAUGGCUCCACUGGUUCAGGCAGCAUUUCACCGCUAUCACUGGUCUCGCUGCAGCAAACAAGAACUCAACCGCUACAUCCAUUCAUACGAUUGUUUGCUGGACGAUCCGUUCAAGCACAAGUGGCCAAAACUUACCGAACUGCCAGGAAUCAACUACUCCAUGGAUGAACAAUGUCGGUUUGAUUUCGGAGUUGGAUACACCAUGUGCUCAGCUUUCAGGACUUAUGAUCCAUGUAAACAGUUGUGGUGCAGCCACCCUGAUAAUCAGUACUUCUGUAAAACCAAGAAAGGACCUCCGGUGGACGGAACCGAGUGUGCGCCCGGCAAAUGGUGUUUUAAGGGUCACUGUAUCUGGAGAACCUCUGAUCAGCUGUACGGACAUGAUGGAGGAUGGAGCUCGUGGGGCAAAUUCGGCUCAUGUUCCAGGACCUGUGGUGGAGGGAUUCGCUCCCGCAGCCGGCGGUGUAACAACCCAGUGCCGGCGUACGGUGGGCGGGAGUGUCCGGGAUCUGAGUUCGAUUAUCAGAUGUGUAACACCGACGACUGUCCCGGUCCGUUUGAGGACUUCAGAGCUCAGCAGUGUGUGCAGCGCAGCAACAAAUACCACAACAACAUCAAACACACCUGGCUACCCUACGAGCACCCGGCCGAGGGGAAUAAGUGUGAGCUGAGUUGUCGUUCUAAGGAAACAGGUGAGGUGGUGUUUAUGAAUCAGGUGAUGCAUGAUGGGACAUGCUGCAGUUACACCGAUCCAUUCAGUGUUUGUGCUCGAGGAGAGUGUCUGAAUGUGGGCUGUGAUAAAGAGGUGGGUUCCUACAAACGGGAGGAUAAAUGUGGAGUUUGUGAAGGAGAUAAUUCUAACUGUCGAACCGUCAAACUCACCCUCACCAAGUCGCCCAAGAACACAGGUUUGUUAAAGAUGUUUGACAUCCCGGCUGGAGCGAGACACAUCGUGAUUGAGGAAAACGAAACGUCUUCACACCUGAUUGCGGUGAAGAACCAGGUCACCGGAAGCUUCAUCCUCAACUCUAAAGGAGAAGAUCUGAAAUCUAAGACCUUCAUCGAGGGUGGAUUGGAGUGGGAGUACUCAGUCGAGAGCGAUAAAGAAACCUUAAAAACAGCCGGACCUCUGCAUGAAGCCAUCGUAGUGCUGGUGGUUCCUAGAGAAGCGGACGCUAAGAUCAGUCUGAGUUAUAAAUACAUCAUCCAUGAAGAUCUGGUUCCCAUCAUCACCAACAAUAAUGUGCUGUUAUCAGAGCUGGACACGUACGAGUGGGCGCUGAAGAGCUGGACCCAGUGUACCAAACCCUGUGGUGGAGGUGUACAGUACGCUAAAUACGGCUGCAGGAAGAAGAGCGACGGGCGUCUGGUUCAGAGGAACCUGUGUGACUUCGGGAAAAGGCCGAAACCGAUCCGCAAACGCUGCAACACCAACGAGUGCAUCCAGCCCACCUGGAUGACGGAGGACUGGGGUCCCUGCAGUAAGUCCUGUGGUAAGCUGGGUAUUCAGUCCCGGGUGGUACAGUGUGUACAGGCGUUACCGAACGGUACCCACCGAGUGAUACCCACUAAAUUCUGCACCACCGAGAAACCCCACACCCACCGAGCGUGUAACACCACCUCCUGCACCGCCCAGUGGAGGACCGGAGCCUGGUCCCAGUGUUCGGUGAGUUGCGGUGAGGGCGUUCAGCAGAGGCAGGUCGUGUGUAGAUCUUCGGACAACAGCUCGGCACAGUGUGAAGGAGAAAAACCAGAGAGCGCGUCCGUCUGCAGCCUCCCAGCAUGUCCUGGAGAGCCUCCUCUUCCCACACCCACUGUGGAUUCAGCAGAUAGGUCCAGUACUGAUGGAGAGAUGAACAGGAUCUUCAAUGAGCCCUGCCUGAGGGAUAAAUCUAUAUUCUGUCAGAUGGAGGUCUCGGCCCGGUACUGUUCCGUUCCCGGCUAUAAUAAACUCUGCUGUGAGUCCUGUAAUAACAAGAUUAGAAUGACCACAGCAGCACCGGGUUCAUCCUCCCCUCCCCCAGCGCUGCCUAAUUUCACUACACCCGGUGUUACCAAACCUAAUCCUACAAAAUCUGCUCCUUGGAAUGUCAACACACCCACACCUAGCCUCUUUAAACUUAAUAAACCCAGUGCCACUAAAUCUGCUCCCAGUUAUCUCACUUCCACUAAAACCAGUCUUUCCUCCAGCGCUAGUUCAUCCAUCCUGCCCACUACACCAACUCCACCAACGGUUAAACCUGUAUCCAGCGUUAAACCACAUCUAACUACACCUGCUACCAGCUCUGAGCCUGAGGAGGCAUCUCAGGCGUCUUCCAUCUCUGGUUCAACUCUACCUCCAGAGCCGAGCGCUAUGGCUGACGCAAGCUCUAGCACUAGCACUAGCACAGGCAUUAUCGUCGGCACCACCCGUCAACCUUCUCAGGGCUCGGACAUGCAGACGGACACGGCAGAACCUCACAACAGCACUUUAGCCGCUCCGACCUCAGUCCAGACGAACAAGGACACACAAAAAGACUCAGUGGUCACAUGAUCAAUGGUCAGUGUUGCUGACUAGCAUAGCGUCUGAUCACGUCACCUCUUGGAUUGUUAUUUUUUUUCCAGAAGACUCCAUGCCAGUUAUGAGUUACUUCAGACGUCUAACAGCAUAGCAGGCAGGGUAAACGGUAAACCGCAUUUCCCAGCAUCCUCCAGCAGAUGUAGGAAAUGACAGUAAGAUAUAAAGGUGCUGUAAUGUAAAACUACUAUGAAUGACAUGGUGAAAUGCAGCGACUGCAUCACUCAACUGUUUUUGAACUACUAGAUUAGUCCAGGAUGAUCACUGCAACACCUACAGUACCUACAGUCAUGGUGCACUUGGUUCAGUUCAGUCCAAAAGUCUAAGUCCACUAUCAGAAAUGUGAUAUCUCAGCACUGCUAUCUACCAUCCGGGUGCCUACACAGACAUGAUUGGCUGUGUUUGUUGGAGAUAUUGCUGCUGCAACAGUGGCCUCUGCUGGCUGGUUAAGGCGCUGCACAGAGAUGGUGAAUAAUGGAGAGCAGUGCCUGACUCUCCGUACACGAUACUGAUCUCUGUGUGAAGCCAGUACUCUCAAGCUAGGUGAAAAGAAGCGCCAGGCAAGGUACAGCCUUCCUUGGACUGGAUUCGGCUACGUCAUGAUGAUAUCUAUUGAGUCUUUCCACAUAUGAUAUCUUAUAUAAUCAAUUAUGUACGUUAGACUUUAUAAUUGGCCAUUCUUGGUUGUAGAUGCAGACUUUUGGACCUGAACCUGUUGACACGUUACAUGUAUUUAGCACUUAUAGAGCUACUCUUAAUGUGAGUAGAUGCAGCCGAGAGGUCAGAAGUUUACAUACACGUGUAGGAACGUUUAAAGAACACGUGUAGGAACGUCUUUAAUUGAUUUAAGACUGAAUAAUUCCCUGGAGGGAAUGAAGGAAGGUCCCUGCUCCAAAAUCUGCACCUCUAAAUUCGACUGAAGGGUGCUCGGGUAGCACCUUUAAGACUCUGACUCCAAAUUUGCAGGAAUAAUCCGCUAGCACCCGAGUCCUGAGUUUCUGAGCUACUGGGUCCAAAUCUCGGCUCUGCUAUCGGUCGGCUGGGCGCCCUCCACAGACAUAAUUGGCCUCCAGUCUGCUGGGUGGGAAAGACUGGAAUAAGUUGGGGUUAUCAAUGCUGUGUAAGGACCUUGGUGGCCCAGGGCGCCUGUACAGAAAGUGGGGGAGCGCAGAGAUUAGGGCGUGGCAGAUCCUUGAAAAAUCCUCAGAAGUAUGGGAGAAUAAGAAAGGAUUGGUGGGACAGUGUGUGUCAGGUGAAUAUACACCCUCCUUGGAUGCUGUCGGGUUCCCCAGGAGCGGAUUGGCUCCACUAAACUGGGAGGAAAGGGGGUAACAAUGCAUUUAAAGAAGAGUGGAAGUGUUGUAUGUAAACGUUUGACCCCAACUGGUGCUUAAGAACUUGGUGCUUUCUCUCUAAACCUCAUCGUUUUCUGAAGGACUUGAACUGGAGCUUCUGAUGAUGUCCUGUGAACUAUUUCUUCAGUGCAUGUUUCUCCUCUGAACUCAGUACGCCUUAAAUGAAGUUAAAUUUUAAUGUUGUAUAUAACGUAAGUGUGAUUAGCUGAGAGCUUUUUAGCGUAAUAAUGAGCUAGCAGGCGUGGUGGCGGUGGUGCUUCAGGUCAAACAUUGUAUAGUUCUUGUAUAUACCUGAGUGAGAGCUUUAAAUGUUAAUAUUUAUUACCGUUUUCAGAUGUAGGAGGAUAAAUUACGUGUUAAUAAACGUUUUACAAAGAGACACAUCA